AUUGGAAAUCUCUGUGCCUUAAGUCAGAGCUGUGGGGUAUCAGUCAAAGGAGGGAAAGACACUUGUGAAUGCUUGAAUUCAUCUCCAAGAAAAGACAGAAAAAAAGUGACAACACAAACGUUUUUUUCCUGGAGAACUUUGUUUUUUUCCUCCUGUCUCAAGUGUCUGGUGAAAAAUGGGUUCACGGAGGGCACCGACUCGCUCCACUUCUUUGAAUGGAAGAUCCACCAACGGGGAUACAAUCGUUGGCAGUAGUAGUAGACCCGGCAGCUGCAGCUACCUCUCUAACGUGAGGCCAGAAACCAGGAGCACAUUCUCCAGCGUGAUGGCACAACUGACCGAGGAGACGCAGCCCUCCUUCGAAACGACCCUCAAGUCUAAAGCCGUGUCAGAGAAAUGCCAUGUGAAGUUCUCAUGUGUGGUGACAGGAUACCCAACCCCUUUGGUUACUUGGUAUAAGGAUGAUGUGCAGUUGGACAGAUACUGUGGCCUGCCUAAAUAUGAACUAUUCCACAAUGGGCAAAACCAUUCCCUGCAUAUUUACAAUUGCACUGUGGAGGAUGCAGCUAUAUACCAGGCCUCGGCCAUCAACAGUAAAGGUAUCGUGUCCUGCUCCGGGGUUCUGGAGGUGGGUGAAAUGAACGAGUUUAAGAUCCACCAGCGCUACUUUGCAAAGCUCAAACAAAAGGCUGAGAACCGGCGCAGGGAAGCAGAAGGUAAAGAAAACCAAGAGCCGCUACGAACUAUCAGUCCCGACCGGACGCAGAGGAAACGUCGCUCCACAAUGGAGGCCUUUCUCAGUAUGCCGAGCUCCACAGAGGAUGAGGGCAUUGAGGAGAGCCAGCAGGCUGUGGCUUCAGAGACCGAGGCCAGAUUACAGAAGGCCACUGUGGAGGAAGUUGAGGAAAAGCCAGUCACUAACGGACAAGUCGUAACUGAAAAUGGAAGCAAGGGCGAGACACACAUAAAUGAUUCUGCGCAUAAGAUUUUCUCUGCGCAACAAUCCAAAACUCCCUUUGUCAAGAAGAAGAUAAAAAUUUCUAACAGUGCAAAAGUUGCGAAAGCAGAUACACUGGAAGGGUGGGUGUCUGAGGAAAAGAGAGCAAAGGACGAGACCUCAGCCUCUGCAGCUCCAACCUGCAGAGAUUCAGUACAGAGUAAAGCUAAUCCAGAAGAGGUUAUGGAGGUAGAGAAGAUUGCUAGUCCACCAAUUGUGGAUUCAAAGUACAGAAGCAUGACCGAAUCACAUCACAAAUCAGCCGCAGAGAAAGCAAUGCUUGUUAAAAAGCCUUCAAAGGGUAAUAAGGUAUGUCAUGUGCCUUCACAGAUUGAGCAGCUCCCUGUUUCACUAUCUCCUGCUGCUCUUACAUCUGAAGGUCAGUCCCUGUCAGGAACUGGGGAUAAUCAUGUGGCAAAGCAUGCAAAUGAGGCUGGACUCAGACGCCAAAAGGAGAAUGUGGAAACGCAGAAACAAAGUCCCAACCUCAACCUCAGUGUUACUUCAACACGACAGUCAAGUGUUGCACCAACACUCCUAAGCACAAUUAAGAAGGACGCUAUUAAAACAGAUGUUACAGCCAUGGAAAUUGAUGAGAGGUCGGAUAAGCCCACUGGUGUAACUUUGGGACACAAGGACAUCAUGUCAGGGGACACACCGUGUGAAAUCAGGGCUGCUUCGCCCGAGCGUCCAUGUGAACAGGCUGGAGAUAAGCUGUCUGAGAAGGAAACAAGCCCCUGCCAAAAAAGUGUGCCAGUGUCGCGACCCGUCCUGCGGAGUGAGGUUACUCAGGCCCGUGCAAAGAAGAACAGGAAUGAUGCACCUGUCAGCCUCGAGCCUCCACCGGGCCAGAGUACGCUGAUGGCUCCACCGCCACCAAAGACUCCUUCAAAAAAAGAGACAACGAGGAAUGAUGUGCAGACCACGUCUGUGCAGCAUGGUCUUCAAGCCCCUAUUGGCAAAAUGUCACAGGACAUUAUGGAUCAUUCCAGAGGAUCAAAUGAAGGCCAUAGGGUCCUUUUGACAGACUUACAGAAGUCAAGCCUUGAAAGCCUGCGUGGUGGUGAGAACACCCGAGAGUGUAAUGUUUCACCCGGUGCCCUCCAGAGCCAAGCUGAUACGGCUAUAAAAACUGAAGGCACAGAAAUACAAGUGAUUGAGAAGGUAGAGGUUAAUGAGGUUAGUAAGGAAUUCAUGCAGACUGACAGUGUGGCCCCAACUGAUCAGAUAGUUGAAAUGGAGACCGAAGCUGCUGCUCCACAUGUGGUUGAAAAGAGCAGAGAUGCUGUAGAUAAAGACGCGGAAGUUGAAAUUGUGGAAGCUUCUUCCAAAAACAGGAUUGAAUCAAAAGUGGUGGAAGAAAAUCGUCCAAAAUUACAGACUCUAAAGCCCAAUGUAUCUGAGAAUGCCACGCCACAGCUGGCAAAUAAUCCAGAAAACACGCUGGAGCAAAGUAUAGCCUUCAAUGAAAUUCCUAAACCUGUGUCAAAAGUCAUAUCUAUCGCUGAACUUCUUAGAUCUCAAAUAAAGGCACUUGAUCCCACCCCAGCAAAUUCAGGGCCAGUUAAAGAACCAACAGCAGCUGCUACAGAGACAUGUCGGGGAUUGAGACACGAUGAUAGACAAUGUACAGUUGAAGUGAAGAAGUCGGUGCUUGACAGGAAAUCUGAGACUAUUACUGAUGAUACUCCCCCAUUAACUAUAAAGGAAACACUUAUGGAGGUGUAUCAUCUACUCAAUAAAACUACUGAGGAGCAAAUUCAUCUUCCUAAAACAUCACCACCUCUUCAGGCGCCACAGAAACCAGAUGUUAUGGACAUAUCAGGAAUUUCUUGCAGUGCUAAAAAGUAUAAUGAAAGUGUUGUGGCCACUGGGCAGGAAGCUGGAGAAUCACAUCUGGUUCCUUCGGUAGAUUGUCCUCUUGUUUCCCUCAUAAGUCAAGACAAACUUCCUCCUUCAACUGCUAAGGUUGAACAAGCCAACAGACCAACAUCAGUUUCAAACCUCACUGGAACUGUCAGCAGUGGAUCUGGGACUAUAAGGCCCAGCAGUCAGAAGUCAAAUAUUAACAUUUUGGAGCAUGUCCAAAAUGAACCUGCUCAAGCCAAAGAUGUGGAAACGAUAAAAAGGUUAACUCCAGAAAUUAAACUCAAUGGCAAGCCUGAAAAGAGGAUCACUGAAAUGAAUUCCUCAACACUUUUAGAUCCAUGCAACAUGAAAGAACAUAACACAGACACCAGUUAUUUGCAGAGUGCGCAAAUCUUUCCCACUCAAAGUUUAUUAAGCACAGAAUCACAAGAGAAUAAGCUACAACUUCUUCAGCAGGACAGCUCUAUGGUUGAGGAGUUCUCAAGGAGUGAUUCCUUAAUCAGUCCAACUCUUGAGGCCAGCCCUUUGCUAAAGAGAAGAGACUGUGUUUCACCUAUUCCCUCUGCUACGCCACAAGAGCUGGCCUCUGGGGCCCGCCGCAAAAUCAUGGUACCCAAGGCCAAACCAGAGGAGGCCACAGAGGCCACAUCACCUGUCGAUGACCAAGUUCAGAAAAAGGAGGAUUCUACACAGAACAACAAGCUUUCCACGAGUCCUGUGACCCCCUCUGUGUCUCCAAGCCUGUCCCGACGGUCUGCUUUACUUCAGCCGGCUGGUGAGCGGAUGUCUCCUGUAGAAAGGCGGUCUCCUCUCUUGAACAGGAGAAAGACAAUGUUAGAGACCGAAGCCUCAAACCAGCAGCCGACUGAAAAGAUCAACAACCUGAAAACUGAAGAACAGGGGAAACCUACAGAGAAGGACAAACACGACCCAUUCAGAGCUCCUCAAGUUAUUCGCAAGAUCAGGGCCGAAACCUUCACAGACGCCUCAGGACACUUGAAACUGUGGUGCCAGUUCUUCAAUGUUCUCAGAGACUCUACAAUCAAGUGGUACAAAAAUGAGGAGGUGAUCACGCAGAUUAAAAGAAAUGCAGGGGAUGAGACUCAGGUGAAUCUUGCCAUUGUUCAGGCAUCAUGCAGAGACUUUGGUGUUUACGGAUGCUCAAUCACAAAUGAAUAUGGGACGGACUCAACCGACACACUACUUAGUGCAGAAAUUAUAGCAGGAAUGUCCCUACGUGAGGAUCUUGGUGUUGGAGAAGAAAUCGAAAUGAUGCCCCUGAUAUUCACCAAGGGUGUGGCUGAUUCCAGCGUCUGGGCCAACAAAUUAUUUGGCCGUAUAACGAUGCAGGAGUCACACAUCGGUUAUGGCUGCUCUCACAAAGUCUGGAGGGCAAAAGUCAUCUACGGUCUGGAGCCUGUGUUCGAGUCUGCUGACACAUGCAUCAUCAAAGUACGUAACCCUAUCGCCUAUGGAGGCAAAGAAGAAAGCGGCCUUAUAGAAAGAAACCUGGACAUCAUCAAGCAGGAUUGUAAAAUUCAGAACUUGGCUCGUGAAUAUUGCAAAAUCUUCUCCGCUGAAGCAAGAGUGAUAGAUAAUUUUGGCUCCUCUCUUGAGGUGAUUCCAGUUUACCUGAUGUACCGACCAGCAAACACUGUCCCCUACGCCACAGUGGAGGCUGAUCUGACUGGAGUCUACCAGAAACACUCUGUCCUGGAUCACACGGGCAGAUUAGAAAUGAAGACUGGAACAGAGGUGGAGCAGAAAUGCUGUAGCCUGCAGCACUGGAUCUUUCAGUGGACCAAUGGCAACCUGCUCCUCACUCGACUGGAGGGUGUUGACACCAAAAUCACCAAUGUUGGGAUUUCAGUCAAGUCCACAGGGCAUCAAGGUUUAUCUAUUGAAGGGAAUCCCAAAGUUUUUGAACAGUUUGUCUCCCAGCACCAGUGCAACUACUUCUGUGGUCUGCUUGGGCUGAGGUCACUGAAAGUCAUAGACUCUUUGCUGACACCGACAAAGCCCAAAGGCUCCAGGAGCCCAUUGCUUCAACGCAAGAUGGCUGCUGGUUCCUCCAGCCCCCAAACAGGACGGAAAGCUGCUGGCAGCCCCAGACUGCCGAGAAAGGCCGAGCAGGACGGCACGAAGACCCCCACUAAACAAAAAGCUGCUGAUGCUCCCAUAGUUCAGACAGGCUCAGAAUGAAGAUCUUCACAAAACCCCAGGAGGAGCUGGGGGGACGAUAGACAGCUGAGGAAACCCUUAGAGACCAGGCAAGGGGUUGAAUAAAUAAUAAGACUUGAUUUAAUUCUAACAGCUACCAUUCCUCGUCAUGAUCGCUAGUUGUGGACUGUUGCCUUCACAUGUGUGGUAAAACUCCACAGGAAUUUAUGUUUAAAUGCUGUGACUGAAGCUGUUGUGUAAUCAGUAUUGGUUACUCCUGGGUUUGUAUUCGAUAAAUCCAUGAAGCCUUGGUUACAGAUGCCAGUCAGAGGUUAGUGUUUUUGUACAAGUGAUGACAUAAAACAUUUUGGACUGAAGUGGCAUUAUGUGCUGUCCAGUCCAUGUGUAUUUAUUAAUGUAAGAGCACAAAUUGUAUUCUUUUAUAGUCACCUUUGUUAAUGCAAGAAAGAAAAAAAACAAGAUAUAUCUGGUCAUGGAGCACAUUCUAAAGGCUGGAAGAAAAUAAUAUUUUUUUUCCAUGUAUUAAUUAAAAUGUAGCUUCAAAAUCACACUGUUGUACAGUGGCUGGUGCUGCAGAGCUUUUAUAUUGUACGCUGCCAUGUUUACCUGCUGCUACAUUGCACUGCGUUUUUAGAAACUGCACCUUUAAAUGCAACUGGCUGUAAAAUAAAAGAUAUAUUAAGCUUUGUACAUUCGGAGGAGUUGUUAAAAUGCAUGACAUGUGCUUUUUAAAUUCUAAAUGUCGUUCUUAAUAUAAAUUAUCAUAUUAUGGAGCGGGCUGAGUAACAUACGCCAUCUCGCAUUCACUCAUUAUCAUAUAUAUCGUCAAAAAAGAUAAGAAACCCGGUGUCAUCUCAGUGACUCUGAUUAUCUGAGAGGACUCCGACUCAUUUAUUACUGGUAUCAUUAACAUGCAACCUUUAUUUAUGAGCUUCUAUUUUAGGGAGAUUAUUUCAGAGAAUUGUACAACAGCACUUUAACUUUAUCUUCCCCAGUGACAUCAGAAUUUUGCAAAAGAUGGAGAGCUGAUCUAAAUUGUAGAAUUAAAGUCUCUUCCGUAGCAUGGAAGUGGAUCAUACAUAAUGCAAAGGUCAUUAAGCAUCAAAAUUAAAGCCUAAAGCUUAAAAUAAGAUUGAGAGUCCAUAGUCGUGUUUGCA